AACAAACUCCAAUCAGCUGUUUCGUUUCUUGUUUACGUCAAUUUCAUACUGUAUGUAAUUAAUAAUAAUGAUAAUAUAGUUCCCACAAAACCUGAAUAAUUUGGACUUUAAACCAUAAAAUAUAGCAUGCAUGUUUGUUAAGUGCUAAUUAAAAAAUCUGCUCUAACUUAUCGUUAAUGUUCGUACUAAAAUUAGCAAUAGAGAACAAAAUGAGUGAACUGAAAUCUCUGUUUUCGAAUUUCAACAUUGUGGGGCCCAUCAGUCUUGCCGUAACCAUUCCCUGGAUCGUUUUCAAGAUGAUUAGCUCAACUUGCCUUAAGAAGGGAUAUAAUGACAUGGCUGGAAAGGUAGUAGUAAUAACAGGAGCAAGUUCAGGGCUCGGAGAGGCUUUAGCCCAUGAGUUUUAUAAACAUGGAGCACAAGUGGUGCUCUGUGCAAGGAGGAGACAAGAACUUGAAAGGGUUAGAACUGAUUUGCUACAUACUCACUGUAAAGACACCACUCAUCCUCCGAUAAUAAUACCAUUGGACUUAAGUGAGACUAAAGAUUUAGCAAAUCAUGUUGAUAAGAUACUUUCUAUAACAGGAAGAAUAGAUAUUUUGGUAAAUAAUGGGGGUAUUUCACACAGAGGACGAGUUAAAGACACUAGUGUGGAUGUAGAUAGGAGAAUUAUGGCUGUGAAUUAUUUUGGGACUGUUGCCCUGACAAAAGCUGUUUUGCAGGAUAUGCUAAAAAAGAAACAAGGUCAAAUAGUAUUUAUCAGCUCAGUACAAGGCCUCGUAGCUCUUCCAGAACGUUCAGCUUACAGUGCCUCUAAGCAUGCCUUACAAGGUUUCUGUGAUAGUCUCAGAGCGGAGGUAGCAUCAGACAAUAUUUCUGUGACUAUGGUUAGCCCAGGCUACAUAAAAACUGAACUCUCUCUAAACGCUUUGACUGGGAGUGGACAAACGUAUGGCGAAAUGGAUAAAUCCACUGAAUCCGGAUAUAGUCCCGAGUAUACUGCAGAAGAAAUUGUCAAAGCUGUUGUAACCAAGAAGAAGGAGAUUAUCUUGUGUACUUUGUUGCCGAAAAUUGCCAUAUUUUUAAGGAGAUAUGUGCCCUUUUUGUAUUUCUUGGUGAUGGAGAGGAGGGCUAGGAGUGCUAGCUUGAAGGAACUGUCUAAUAAAAAGAAAUAGGUGUAGGUGAUAGUUCACUUAUUCUUUUGAGUGGUGUAUUGGUAUGUGGUAGAAUAAUAUUAAGUUUGUAGGUUCAUAGAGGCACAUUUGUGAUUAAAUAUGGGGUUCAAGGUAAGUGCAACAAAAUUGGUUUGGUAAGUUUGUUUUUCCGACGUAUUCCAUCAUAAUAACAGUUAGAAAAUAAUAACUUCUAUAAAAAAAUUUACCUUGGACACCUGUAUGUUAUGUAUUUGGGAGGUGCACUUCUAAAAAAAUUCUAUAAGUUUAGUAUUUAGCACAAAAUGUUUAAUAUAUCUGUAUAUCUUA